CCCGGGCCAGAGCGCUGCCCCAGCGCCGCCGUGGAGGAGUCCUGCAGUUCUUCGGCGUUCUGACGCCCCCAGGACCCAAGGGCGCGGGUGCGGACGCGAGCCUGUCCAACCCUGGCCCAGCCCCAGAGCCAUGCCGCUCUGUGACCCCUGACCCCAUCCCGACCGGACCGGACCCCCCUCGGAAGCACCCUGCCCCCACUCUGAGUGGAACCUCUCAUGCCGCCCCGGCCGGCCUUGAACCCAGACCCAGCCACUAGAGCUUGGGUCCCAGCCCCCGCCCCAGCGCCCCGCCUCCUCGCCAUGCGUGGGAAGCUGCUGCCGCUGGCCGGCCUUUACCUGGUGCAGGGCCUGCCCUAUGGGCUGCAGUCUGGGCUGCUGCCCGUGCUGCUGCGGGCCCGCGGCCUCUCCCUGACACGCGUGGGACUGGCCAAGGCGCUGUACGCACCGUGGCUGUUCAAGCUUGUGUGGGCCCCGCUGGUGGACACUCGGGGCUCCCCAAGGGCCUGGCUGACGCUCAGCACAGCUGCUCUGGGCCUGGUGUGUGGGCUGCUGGCAUCCCACCCUCCCGCCACAGCUGGUCAGGCCGGGCUGCCUGUCACGGUGGCGGGGCUGCUUCUGCUGCUGAAUCUGGCUGCAGCUGUGCAGGAUGUGGCCCUGGACAUGCUGGCUGUGCGGCUCCUGGAGCCCGCAGAGCUGGGGCCUGGCAACACUGUGCAGGUGGUCGCGUACAAGUUGGGGGCGGUGCUGGCUGGGGGUGGGCUGCUGGCCUUGGUGCCCACCCUCUCCUGGCCCCUGCUCUUUCUGCUCCUGGCUGCCACUUAUUGGUUGGCUGCUGCCUUGACCUGGGUGGCACCAGCCCUGCGACAGCUUCCCACACCUCUGCCCUCAGAACACCCCCGACACACCCUGCACCUUGGGCAGGACUUGCUGGCCGUGCCUGGGACCCUGUGGACAGUGGGCUUCGUGCUCACCUACAAGCUGGGUGAGCAGGGCACCAGCGCCCUCUUCCCACUGCUCUUGCUGGACUGCGGCAUCUCUACCCCAGAGCUGGGGCUGUGGAAUGGUGUGGGUGCUGUGGCCUGCUCCAUUGCCGGCUCAUCCCUGGGUGGGGCCCUCCUGGCCAGGCGCCGGCAGCCACUGCCCCUGUUGAAGUCAGCGCUUCAGUUCCGUCUUGGGGGCCUGGCCUGCCAGACUGCCCUGCUCUUUCACCUGGACAGCCCUGGGGCCAGCCUGGCCCCCAGCACAGUCCUGAGAGGUGAGGGGUGGGCCACAGGGGGGAGGAGCUUGGAGUCCUGGGCCCUGCUGACCUCAGCCCUCCCAGGGGCAGCCCUGCUGAGCCUGUGUCUGCAGCACUUCCUGGGGGGCCUGGUCACAACCACCACCUUCACCCUGAUGAUGCGCUGCAGCCAGCUGGCACCAAGUGCCCUGCAGGCCACACACUACAGUCUCCUGGCCACUCUGGAGCUGCUAGGGAAGCUGCUGAUGGGCACGCUGGCUGGAGCCCUGGCUGACAGCCUGGGGCCACGUCUCUGCUUCUUUGUCUUCCUCGCUCUCUCAGCCGCACCCAUGCUGUACCUGGGCCUUGCACCCAACACCCUGGCCUGAACUGGGUGGCCAGACUUAUCAAUAAAGUGGAGUGUGCCUUU